CUCCCGCGGAAUGAAGUUAGGCGAACACUCCCAUCGGUCUUCUUCUAUGAAUCACCUUCCGAUUCUGUGCUUAUCUUCGUGAUAAAUAGGGUUUAUCUGAUAGUGAGUGAUACGGUUCAAUGAGAGGAAAAACAGCUCACUUGAGGGUGUUAUUGUACGUGAAUUCACGGGACUUUUUGGGUGAUUCGGCGGGAAAAUUGAGUUAAUGUGUAAAGUUGGCUGAAGUGCAAGAGUUCUUCGGUUGUUUUCGGGUGUGAAUCGCGUGGGCUUCGCAUGCUAUUCGAGCUGUCAGGGAGUUUUCAUUGAGAAAAAAUUUUGGGUUGAAGAGGUUAGUUUUUUCACCCAGGCAAAUUUAACUGUGUGGAGACUUUGCUGCAUUUUCAGGGUGAAAUCUCUCACUGGGAACAACCACUGAGUGGGACAUUUUGCAAAGCUUAUAGUAAAAAGUGCGUAAAUAUGCAAGCUAUAAAGUGUGUUGUGGUGGGCGAUGGAGCUGUGGGUAAGACCUGCCUUCUCAUCAGUUACACCACAAACGCCUUCCCGGGCGAGUACAUCCCCACCGUCUUUGAUAACUACUCCGCCAAUGUAAUGGUUGACGGAAAACCCAUCAAUCUGGGUCUGUGGGAUACAGCUGGUCAAGAAGAUUACGAUCGUCUCCGGCCACUAUCAUAUCCCCAGACAGACGUCUUCCUCAUCUGUUUUUCCCUCGUCAAUCCGGCUUCGUUUGAGAAUGUACGCGCCAAGUGGUUCCCGGAGGUCCGUCAUCACUGCCCCAGUACACCUAUCAUCCUCGUGGGUACCAAACUGGAUCUCCGUGAUGAUCGUCAGACAGUGGAGAAAUUGCGUGACAAAAAACUGGCACCCAUCACCUAUCCACAGGGUCUGGCUAUGGCCAAGGAAAUCGGUUCGGUGAAGUAUUUGGAGUGCUCCGCUCUCACCCAGAAGGGCCUCAAGACCGUCUUUGAUGAGGCCAUUCGCGCCGUCCUCUGUCCAGUCCUCCAAGUCAAGUCCAAGCGGAAGUGUGUCCUUCUUUAAGUUGGGCUUCAAUUCACAUCCAGCGCACAACAUCCCCGGACAGAAACCUCCCUCCCCCUCUCAGUAGCCACCGAGGGACGCCAAGAUCCAUUGGAGGCUCCAGUAAGCAACAAAACAUUUCUAAUCAUCUAACUAAAUGUAAUUAACCAAAUCAAUGGAAGAUGCAUAAUCUGUCUUUUUAACCAUAUUUUUCACAAAAAGAUACAUUUACAAUUUUAAGGGCGAGAUUCUCAAUAAUCUCACCUAGGUUUUAUUUCAUAUAUUUCCCCUUCGUACCCCGAAAUCAAAUUACAUUGAUAAGUGGAUUAAAAAAAAAUCAGUACAUCCCCCAUGUCUAAGAAGUAAAUACAUGAUACAAUUUUAUAUUUAAAAAAAAUGUAAAAGAAAAGAAUAAAAAGAAAAAAAAACCUUUUUUAUCUCUGAGGAAAAAAGGAGUAAGAAUAUUUUUAUUCAUGAAAUAUAAUAAAAAACAAUAAAAAUGUAAUUGAUGUUGGACAAAUUGUAUCGAGGGAAAUGCAAAUUAUGUUGAAUGUUAUGACUAAUAAAUGAAAUGAUAUUGAGAAUACAAA